AAAUGAAAGCAUUCAUCACAUUAUCACUUUUGUAUUUGACAUUGGCCAAGUAAUUAAGAGUCAUGAUAAAAUAGCUAAGGAAUUUUGUCAGUACCUGGAGAAUCUGUACAUGCAUUCUAAUCAGUUAUUGUUGGUUUAUCAGAAGUGGCAUCAAAAGACUUUAAUUUCCAAUAACUAUUCGUUGCUCUUGAUGAACUAGCUGAAUCCUUCAAAGCAAGAAAGAAUGAAGAAAAUGCAUUCUAUGAAUAAGAAUAUCAAUAAUAUUAAGCAGAUGUUCAAUACUAUUAAAAUCAAAUAACAGACUUUAAAAAUAAGGUAAUUGUGGAAACCUAUAGAUUCAGAUUGCUUAAUUAGAAAUCGAUGUUAAGGAUUUAACAGAUGAAAGAAGUAGAUUGCAAUAAUUUUUGACUGAAGCUAAAUAAGAUCUUUAUGAAGCAACUAAAUUAUUUAAUGCUAAGGAAGCUUAAAUCAAUUCAGAUAAAUCAACAUUUACUAGAUAAUUCAAUGAAUAUGCUGAUACUAUUGCAGUUUUAGAUUAGGCUAUUGCAUUAUUAAAUGAAGUCAAAGAUGAAACAUCACUCUUAUAAAAAGCUGAUAAUAUUAAAGAGGUUUCAUUAAAAAUGCAUAAUCAGUAAUUAUUAUUAAUAUCUAUUUUUUAAGUCUUAAAUAAUUGUCAUCUAAAAGAGUCUUUUAUCAACCAUUAGUUAAGGCUUUAACAUAAAUUGCUUAAAAUAAUUAUGUUGAUUAAGAAAACUUAAAUAAAGUUAUUAAUUACAUGAACUAAUUAAGAUAAUCUUUGAUAGAUGGACAAACAUCUUUAUAAAAUCAAUAUGAUUCAUAAUCUAAAUUACAAUAAGAUAUUUUAUCAGAAAUCUAAGCUAAAAUCACUGGAAUUAGGGAUGUUUUAAUACCUUUAUUAUAAUCUGAAAUUGAAACUAAGGAUGGAGAAAUUAAAGCACUUAAUGCAAUCUUAAAUGAUGCAAGACUCAAUUUAGCUGAAGCUGAAGAUAAUCUUUCUGCCACUUAAAAUAGAUGGAUUGAAAGGUACAUCAUUUAUUUUAUUUAAGAACUGCAUCACAUAAUACCUUAAUCUAAUAAUAUGAUAAUGAGUUAUUAGCAAUUAAGGAUGCUGAAAAUGCUUUAAAAAAGGGAGGCAUCUUUAGAUAGUGAUAUAAACACCAAUAAUACCCUUC